AUGGCCGACGGCCUCGUCGCCGCGUGGCAUGCCUACCGGCUUCCUAUCCUCAUCGCACUCUCGGCAUUUUUCUUCGCUAUCCGUGCCUAUCGCACAUUUUCGAGAUCCAAGACCCCGGCCUCGGCCUCCGUGCCGUCUUCCCCACGCAGCAAGUCACCCGAGAAACUCGAGAAACUCAACCCCGCAACAGAGAAGCAACAUGAACCUGUCUCAGAGGUCAAAAAUGCCAAACCCGUCCAGAAGCAAGCCACAGCUAAACCUUCCGGUCCCAAGCGUGUCCAGGGCAAGAAGCCCGCAAAGACAAUCGGUCGCCGUGAUUCCAACGAGGAGCCCCAGCUAUUCACCCAUAUCCAACCGAUCAUUUUCUUUGCUUCUUUGACUACAAACACCGAACGGUAUGCGAAUAUUCUUUUGGAGGAUUUGCGCGUCGCUGCUCAGGAGCGAUCCAAGCAGGCGAACUCGGAACGGGGUCUUUUACCCCCACAGAUCCAUGACAUCUCGUACAUUGAUUUCGACGACUUUUUUGUCUCCGCUCCGAAACCACCUUCAACCUCUCCCGGAACUCGCUACGUUUACUGCAUCUUGGUCCCGACCUACAACAUUGACACAGUUUUGAGCACCUUCUUGGGUGACCUGGAAGAAACACACAAUGAUUUCCGAAUUGACACUGGAUCGCUGCAUCAAUUGGCAGGCUACUCGGUCUUUGGAUUUGGUGACAAGGAAGAAUGGCCGACGGAGGAGGAAGGUUUCUGCACACAGGCUAAGGAAAUUGAUCGAUGGAUGUCCAAACUCACAGGCCGCAAGCGGGCGUACCCUCUGGGUAUGGGUGAUGUCAAGAGCGAUGUCGACGCAUCUUUGAAAGAGUGGUCUCGGGGACUCCAGGAGACCUUCUCGGAUAUCUUGGAGAACGGCGGCUUGGGUGAAGGUGUUGUCGGUAGUGGUGAUGCCGUGGAGAGUGACGAAGAGGACGUUGACGAGGAUGACGACAAAGAAAAGAAAACAUCAAUGGUGGAUCUCGAGGAUAUCAAGAUGGGUGGUGACUCCGCGCCUCUGCCCGUUGAUUUCACCACUGUGGGCAAAGUUAUAUCUUCCGAGGCCAGUGCCAAGGAGAUGGUCCCCAAGACCUCGCCAACCUACGCCUCUUUGACGAAACAAGGUUACACGAUUGUGGGUUCGCACUCUGGAGUCAAGAUCUGCCGAUGGACCAAGUCAGCGCUACGAGGACGGGGCUCCUGCUACAAGUUCUCUUUCUAUGGUAUCCGAUCACACCUGUGCAUGGAGGCGACACCAUCUCUCUCCUGUAGCAACAAGUGCAUUUUCUGCUGGCGCCACGGUACUAACCCGGUCGGAACGACUUGGCGAUGGAAGGUUGAUGAACCUGAGCUCAUCUUCCAAGGAGUUAAAGAAGGCCACUACAAGAAGAUCAAAAUGAUGAAGGGUGUGCCCGGUGUCCGAGCUGAACGAUUCGCCGAGGCCAUGCGCAUCCGCCACUGUGCCUUGAGUCUGGUCGGUGAGCCGAUUUUCUACCCUCACAUCAACCGCUUUUUGGAAAUGCUUCAUGCAGAGCACAUCUCUAGUUUCAUGGUCUGUAACGCCCAGCAUCCCGACCAGCUUGAGAACCUGCACCGCGUCACUCAGCUGUACGUCUCCAUUGACGCGAGCAACCGUGAGAGUCUGCGCAAGAUUGAUCGCCCAUUGCACCGUGAUUUCUGGGAGCGAUUCCAGCGUUGUCUCGAUAUUCUACGAGAAAAGCGACACGUCCAACGAACCGUUUUCAGAUUGACCUUGGUCAAGGGCUUCAACGUUGACGACGAGGUGAUCGGAUACGCAGACCUGGUUGAAAAGGCUUUGCCAUGUCUGAUCGAGGUCAAGGGCGUCACAUACUGUGGAACCAGCACGAGCGCCGGCGCCGGCUUGACCAUGCAGAACGUGCCAUUCUAUGAAGAGAUCCAAACUUUUGUUAUCGCUCUUGAUGCAGAGCUCGAACGUCGCGGUCUCGGAUACGGUCUUGCUGCAGAGCAUGCCCACAGUUGUUGUGUGCUGCUAGCCUCCAACCGUUUCCAUGUGAAUGGUAAAUGGCACACUCGAAUCGACUAUCCUCGAUUCUUCGAGUUGUUGGAAAAAGAGAAGGCCGACGGAACCUCUUUCACCCCGGAGGAUUAUAUGCAAGAGACCGAGGAGUGGGCCCUCUGGGGUAAUGGUGGAUUUAACCCCGAGGAUGAGCGCGUGCAUCGCAAGGGUAAGAACAGAGAUAGAGCCAUUGAGGCUGCUCCUGCUGAGGAUGUUUCGACGUCAUGA